AUGUUCAGGGUACAAGGAAUUAAUGUGGUCACUUUUUCAAGGGCCUUAAGUUCGAAUAGUUCGAAGAAUAUCAAGUCUUAUGCAUUUUAUGACUUAGUAUGUCGUACUCCGACACAUCCAAGAGAGCCUAUAGAAGCAUUGCUUAUGACAAACCGAGAUUUGCAAAAGUUGAAGAAAAACACCAGGACAACGUUUGAAGGUAACUACGCAAUCGACGAUUCGAUAUCGCCGGAAGAAAGAAUAGCCAAAGUUUUUGGAGGAAGAAUAAAAGGAGAAGCACCUCAGUCUUCUAGUAGGGUCCGUGUUGGAGAGCCUAAGGUGAUUGCGGGCAUCACAGUGCCUGACAAGCCAACUGAGCCAGAUAAUUGUUGCAUGAGUGGGUGCAUUAAUUGCGUGUGGGAGUUGUUCAAUGAUGAUUUAAAGCAUUGGAAUGAUAAGCGUAAGGAGGCUUCCCUAAAGUUGAAAGAAAAAGGAGGAAGAUGGCCUGAAAAUUUCCAUGCUCCAGUGAAAUAUUUGGAUCGUGAAAAUUUGCCCAAAUCCUUGGCUAAUGCUGAUAUUUCAGAAGAGAACAAGAAACCAGACCUGGAUGUUUGGGGAGAUGUACCUAUAAGUAUCAAGGUUUUUGUAGAGACGGAGAAGAAAAUGAAAGCUAAAAAGAAAAGAAGAGCUGCAGCUAGUUCACAUGCUCAAGCAUCUUAA